CCUCCCAGGCCCCGCCCGGUCAAGCCUCUUUCCGAAGCGGCUCCGGCGGCCGCAUCCCUGGCCUCGGCGGUGCGCGCGGAGCUGCAGGUAUGGCGGUCUCGGCUGAGGGCGCCCGCAGGAAGGAGCGCGUCCUCUGCCUGUUUGAUGUGGACGGGACCCUCACGCCGGCUCGCCAGAAAAUUGAUCCUGAGGUGGCUGCCUUCCUGCAGAAGCUGCGGAGUAGGGUGCAGAUCGGUGUGGUCGGUGGCUCCGACUACUCUAAGAUUGCUGAGCAGCUGGGAGAGGGGGAUGAAGUCAUCGAGAAGUUUGAUUAUGUGUUUGCCGAGAAUGGGACCGUGCAGUAUAAGCAUGGACGGCUGCUCUCCAAGCAGACCAUCCAGAACCACCUGGGGGAGGAGCUACUGCAGGACUUGAUCAACUUCUGCCUCCGCUACAUGGCCCUGCUCAGACUACCCAAGAAGCGUGGAACCUUCAUCGAAUUCCGGAACGGCAUGCUGAACAUCUCGCCCAUCGGCCGGAGCUGUACCCUGGAGGAGCGAAUCGAGUUCUCCGAGCUGGACAAGAAGGAGAAGAUCCGGGAGAAGUUUGUGGAAGCCCUGAAAACAGAGUUUGCCGGCAAAGGGCUGAGGUUCUCUCGAGGAUCUUGCCCAAGUUCAUCCCGUGGGCCACCCCUGUGCUCGCCUUGUCUGCCACCCCCUGCAGGCGGCAUGAUCAGCUUUGACGUCUUCCCUGAGGGCUGGGACAAGCGUUACUGCCUGGACAGCCUGGACCAGGACAGCUUCGACACCAUUCACUUCUUUGGGAACGAGACCAGCCCUGGUGGGAAUGACUUCGAGAUCUACGCUGACCCCCGGACCGUCGGCCACAGCGUGAUCUCUCCGCAGGAUACAGUACAGCGAUGCCGUGAGAUUUUUUUCCCAGAGACAGCCCAUGAGGCAUGACCAGGGCCCACACCCGCCCCUAGGGACUUCUAGAGAGCUCCACCCAGGCCUAAAGAGAGCCCCUGGCCCUGGUGUUGGGUGGGAUGCCAGGGCCCCUCCUCCUCCGGCUCAGGAUGCCUACCUCCUAUUACCUGCUGCAAGGCCCACCUCGAUGGGGCCAGGGUCCGCGUGGACAACCGUCCCCAGCCGGUCAGCUCCUGGGGGGCCGGCUCCGCCCUCCACCCCGACAGCCCUGGCUACAGCUGCUGCUUGUACUUGUAAACAGAACAGAUUUCCGUCUACGCGGGGAGGAGGGCUGUGCUAGUCUUGGUACGAGAUAGAGCCCGCUCUGCUUACCUGUCCCAGGCAGGGCGCAGAGCACCAGGGAAGGUGCGUAUUUGCCAGAACUUUCUCUCACAAACAUUAAAGUUCCUGGAACGAGGAA